AUGAUCCAGUUUCAAGAUUCUGAUAGUGACUGCUCAUCUGACAUCUAUUCAUCAUGCUGGAUCAUAUUACCAGUUAUGCUUUCUGCUGUUACUGCGGAAAGAGAUCAAUUAAAAGAUGUUGAUGAGUUGGCAAAGCACAAGAAUGUUGAAGCAGGGGCAGGAACAGUCAGUGGAAUUCUUGUUCAGGUUGUGGAACACAAUUCCUGUUUUUAUUUAAAUUUUCAUGCAGAUACUCAUGAUGGUCUGUGUUUCUUUCUUGCUUUACAAGGACAGAAGCUUGAAUCAUCACUUGCUGAGAAGGAAAACUGUAUAAAGGAACUGGAGAGCAAUUUGUGUGAACAAAAAGAAGUCAGUAAUCGUCAGCAUAAUGAAAUAAGGUUGCUCACAGAGAGGCUAACCAAUGAAGCAAGAAGAAUAAAGUUAUUAGAAAGGGAGGGAGACCGGCUUCGCUCUGAGAUAUCCCUAUUAGAGUCCAAGGUUGGUUUGCAAGGAUAA